GUCACUUCAGGCCGACUGCAGCCAGGGCAUCUCCUGGGUGGGGCAGCCCGCUUUCCCUCGGCAUCCUCUUCAUCCACACCUCGCUUUCCCUUAUGAGUCGGGGUGCUCUGGAGCCGACUCAUACCAGCUCGUGAGAGUUGAAGGCAAAACCUCCAGGAAAUCUGUGAGCUGGUUGUUGAACUCCGCCAUUGUUAAAAAUCAAAUUAUAUAAACUUACAAUUUAAUAAAUUAUAUAAAAACAAAGGUAAUAGGGGAGACUGGCUGGCUCAGUCGUUAAGCGUCUGCCUUCGGCUCCGGUCAUGAUCCCGGGGUCCUGGGAUCGAGGCCCGCAUCGGGCUCCCUGCUCCGCGGGAAGCCUGCUUCUCCCUCUGCUGCUCCCCCUGCUUGUGCUCGCCCUCUCCGCCCUCUCUCAAUCUGUCAAUAAAUAAAUAAAUAAAUAAAUAAAUAAAUAAAUAAAUAAAAUCUUAAAAAAAAAACCCUGAGGGUAAUAAAUACUUCAAAGUCAUCACCUCUUAUUAUAUUACUACAUUUGUCUGUCCUUCAUGGUCUCAAGGUCACUUCUGGCUAUUGGAUCUGUCCGGCGCAAAUUCUGUAUUGUGAUGGCUCCACAGCGGGCCGAGCAUGAUUUCCCAACCCCCUGCUCGGUGACCUUGCCUUAGUAGUUUGAAAGCAGCCCUGAUGGGAGUAUUUACACCACAGACACGUGGCGAAUGCUGCACAUCGAGGCUCCCCACCCCCACCCCAUCAGAGACCCGGUUAAACCGUUACAGGCUUCAAAGCCCCUUGGGGCAAAGGGCCCGGCCCAAGGGGAGCGGGCCUCACUCCCCUUGUAAUCCUUCACCGACUCUGAGGCCUGGCCAGUGUCCUUGGGCCUCAACUUUCCCAUCUGCAAAAUAGGCUGAGAAUACAGCUUUGAAAAACUGAGGCGCCGAAACCAUGCCCUCGGGAAAUCUGCCAACAGCCCCCCGAAGCGGGUCCAGUUGCGGCCCUCGGUGAAGAGGAGGAAAUGGGGGGCUGUAAGGGGACAGGUCCCCUCAUCAGAGAUGACACAUCAGGGUUGAGCCACACUCCUAGCUGCUGGGGCUUGUUGGCCCCAUAACCAUAGUACCCCGGCCACAGGGUGGUCUGGGGGAUUGUCCGAGGUAAUAAUGUGUGUGGAAGGGGGCGCCUGGGUGGCUCAGUCGUCUGCCUUCAGCUCAGGUCAUGAUCUCAGGGUCCUGGCCGGGAGCCUGCUUCUCCCGCUGCCUGCCGCUCCGCCUGCUUGUGCGCUUGCUCCCUCUCUCUCGCUCUCUCGCUCUCUCUCUCGCUCUCUCUCUGACAAAUAAAUAAACAAAAUCUUUAAAAAAAAAUGUGUGUGUGGAAGAGCUUGGCACCGAUCUGGCUCUAGCAGGACACAGGGAACAGGAUAAUUCCCCGAGAGGCUUACGAGUGGGGAUCUGAGCCCACCCACGUUUGAGUCUCAACUCUUCUCUUUCCUUCUGUUUUCGAGAUCUCUGGCCAGUCAAGACACUGAUUGUCUAAAGCCUCAUUUUCCCCGCAUGGAAAGAGGGAUAAUUAUAGCCAGCUGGAGGAGCCGCUCAGAGGACUGGCCAUAAAGGAUAUAAAGUGUCUGCUGAGAAGUGGAUACUUAAUGAGUAGGAGUGAUUGUUUGAGAUUCUCUUUUAUUUCUUGUCACUCAGAAGACAGCAACAAUGCCCAGCCUGGUUCAGGGAAGCAGGCGACUGGGGGGGCCAAGGAGGCAGGACCUUGCCCUCAUCUGGGCCAGCUUGGCCUCUCAGUGGGCCCUGGCCCUAGAAGGGCCUCAGAGGCGUGGGGACGCUGUUGCUAGGCACUGGUUGCCAGGCGACACACUGUUUAUCCUGGCCAGGCCACCUCCCAGAAGGCCUGGGCUUCCCUGGAGCAGCUCCUGUCCCCUGCAGCCUCUCCCCAGAGCCACAGCAGAGGGCAGGUGAGGGUGGGGCCCGCUGCGGUUGGGCCCCAGGAGGGCCGAGCCAACGUCCCUCAGCAAGGCCCCCCGAGCGAGCUGAGGGAGGGACAAGGAGCCCCGGGCUGGGCUGGGAGGGUGUCUGUCCAUUCAAUCCCCAGAGGAGGCCAGGAGGGGAUUAAGAUAAGAUCCGGGGCGGGGAGUCAGAUACCCCAGGGCCUGAAUCCUGGCUCCCCACGCCCAUUGUGAGCUCAUCCUUCAUCACUUGGCAUCCUAGUUUCCUGGCUGUAAACUGGGGAGAUGAUAAGCUGUGGGGAAGGGGGAAUGAGUGUAUAUGAUUACGUGUUGACGAUGACCAGUCCUUCCUUCAGUUUGGGGUGUGGGUGUCGGUGGAGAGGGACGGGGCCGAGCGGAAGGCCCUGGUUGGUGGGGCUCGGGCUUCGCCUCCGGGGCCUCUGCAGCCUGAGCCUGAGACGGGCUCGGGGCCUGGGGCUGCUGAACGGAUGGGGCUCCCUGUGCUUCCUCCCCAGGCGCCCCCCGGGGCCCUGCCCCACAGCACCAUGAUGGGUAAACUCCCCUUGGGGGUUGUCUCCCCUUAUGUGAAGAUGAGUUCAGGGGGCUGCACGGAUCCCCUGAAAUUCUAUGCCACUAGCUACUGCACCGCCUACGGUCGGGAGGAGUUCAGGCCCCGCAUGGGCAGCCACGAAGGCACAAGCUACAGAUCCAAUUACCGGCCCGUGGUCUCUUACCACGCCAACCUCGAUGCCCUGGACAACCCAGCCAUGGGGGAACAAGUCCGCCACAAUUUCCAGUCAGUGACCAAUCAGAGCUACCGCCCCCUGGAGGCGCCUGAUGGCAAGUGCCCACUGCCUUGGAACGUGCAUCAGACCAGCUCUGGCUACUCGCGGGAGAAGCCCAGUGUGGCGACCCCCACUAAGGAGGUCAGGAAGGUCCAUUUUGACCCCCAGGACUAUGGGCCUCAGGCCAUCACAGGGCUGGAGCCCGAGGACGGGCCCCUGCUCCACCAGCUGCAGGGCAAGGGCUCGAUGGAGUGGGAGAACGCCCGGCAUGACCCGCGCUUCAUGACCUAUGAGUACAAUUCCAAGUAUUUCAAGGAGCCUUCAAACCAGCCAGAUCUCUUGCAGAAGAAAUCAAUUGGCGCCAAAGAAGAGACUGGCUUCACCGAAGAGUCCACCAAGAACCCCAUUGUCUUCCAGCCCCCCUCCCAGGCCCUCCCUGGGGACCCGGUCCUCCUCCCCGUCCAGAGUGUCACCAGGUCCGACUUCCUCCCUAUGCCCCACCCUCAUGGGGACGAGUUCCUGCCUGUGCUGGCCAGAGGCUCCGAGAGGGAAACAGGCUACAACCGGGUGACGGAGAGGACCCUGAACCCCAGAGUGCCCCCUCCUGGCCCAGAACCGAGCAGCAUGAGCCACCGGCAUUUCCAGCCCCCGCAGCGCAUGCAACAGACGAACGUUGCCUUGCUGGGCCGGGAGACUGUGGGGAACAAGGAGCCCACGGGGUUCAGCCUCAACAACCCCAGCUACUUCCGGAACCCUUAUGACCCUGACAUGGAUAAUCGGUACCUGACCACCUACAACCAAGGGUACUUCGAGAAUAUCCCUAAGGGUCUGGACCGAGAAGGCUGGACUCGAGGUGGCAUCCAGCCGCAGAAGCCCGGAGGCUAUGCCCUCAACCAGCCGGUCACCCACAUGGAGGCCACCCCCAACCCCGCGGAGAGCCUACAGCACCUGCACCCCCACGUGGGAAGAACCCUGAUCUCCGUGGACCCCUUCUACCGAGCCCCGCCUCACAGCAGCUACUUCAUGACACCCAACUGAGCCUGAGACUGGGUUUGCCAACCCAACGGACAGGACAGGAGCCGGCUACAGUCCCUACCCCCACCCCGUCCCUGCCCAGACUCCCCUGACUACUUUCCUAAUGAAAUAAAGAGCAGUGAAGCAGCCCAUGUGUCCAGUCACUGGCAGGGGAGCUGGGAAAAGGAUGGGGGGUGGUGCAGGGCGAGCAUGCAGGAGUGGAGGGGCC